AUGGGUGCCAAUGAAUCUUUACCAGGUGAUGGCCCUAUCCCAGAGAUGCACCAUUAUUACAGCAAAUUUAUGAGAGAGUGCCCAUCUGGGCAACUUAGCCUGCAUGAAUUCAAGAAACUCCUUGAUCUGCAAGGGCUGGAUCCACAGGGAGAUCUAUACAUUAAACGAGUGUUUGAUAUCUUUGAUCUGAACCAGGAUGGAUUUAUAGACUUCUUGGAGUUCAUAGCGGCAAUAAAUUUGGUUAUAAGAGGAAAAAUUGACCAAAAAUUGAAAUGGUAUUUUAAGCUAUAUGAUGCUGAUGGAAACGGAUGUAUUGACAAAAAAGAACUAUUGAGCAUAUUCGCGGCUAUCCAGGCUAUUAAUGGACAGACUAACAUGACUGCCGAAGAAUUCACUAACAUGAUAUUUCAGAAGAUAGAUGUGAACAAUGAUGGGGAACUGACUUUAGAAGAGUUUAUCACUGGUGUGGAAAGAGACGAAGAUCUAAUGGAAUUGAUUACGAAAAGUUUUGACCUUUCCAAUGUAAUCAAAGUCAUACAGAACGGCAGGCGGCACAGCAUCUGAAGGAUUCAGUGAUGGAUGUUGCAUCUGUGUCGUUGACUCAGGGAAGAUAACAUUUCCUACAUUCAGAGAGCUUGAUGUUGUCAAAACCAGCCCAGACAGUACUGACCCACCAGCUCUAAGAAAAAUUCUCCCUUGGAAUUUUCACUCUUGAUUCCACAUCUUUCCAUUUCUUUAUUCUGUCUCUCACUAAUGACCUUGGCAGCUACAGAACACAAACUUUUGCCCAUGUGUAAUAGAAAAGAUAUUUGAUGCAGUACAAAUAAUUUGUUUGGUUUCUGUGAACACCUCAGGGUAAUCAAUAAAACAGUGAUGAUAUUGUAAAAUGCAGCCCUUCUAAAAGACAUGGAAUUAAUAUAUUUACUAUUUCAAGGUGUAGGUUCAUUAACCUACUAUUUUAGUAUGGUGAGAGAUAGGAUUGGCUUCUAUCUAGGUCCAUUAAAAAUAAAGCUAGUAUGCAUUAGCUUAACAUUUGCUCUGAUCAGCACUCAAAAUAAGAGCAGAUUCUUGGGGAAAUACCUUAGUCAGCUCAGUAUUCCAGAGAUGUGCAUCCUCUUUAACAAGCCAUCUACCACUCUUGAUUUUAUUACAUCUGUAAAUUAGAAUAAUGUGAUGCUUUAAUGCUUUUGGCAGGGUUCAGCUACUGUUCCUUCAAAUUAACCUUUAGAGAAGCACUGGAAUUAAAUUUUGUUUACUUUGUAGAGUAAAAUUAGAAUUUCAAAGAAUGGUUAAAACAAAUGAUUUUGUAGGCACUGGAACAAACAUCAUCUGGUUUCCAGAGAUUUGUGUCCAUUCACUUCUAUAUCCUUCUUUGCGAAACAAUUCAUUUUCACUGGGCUCUUUGCCAUGGCUGCAUGAGACAAAAGGUAAGAAGUAUCAUGACUAGUUCAUACUGGUGGGACUGCUGGCUUCUGCCAAACAGACUGUUUAAUAGCUGCAUUCUUCCUGCCUUUCCUUGACAGGGAGUACAAAUUAUGGUACGUCUGUCCUGCCCAGAUACUUGGGCGAAAGCUUUUAGCAAUUUAGUCUCUUUGAGACUUCUACCUUCUUUCAAACUGGGUUGCAAUCAUCUCUGAAUGUGGUAGUUCUUAGAAGUGUAGAGAAGAGAUGUGUAGAUGGCAUGAUCACAGAUGCCUCAUUUUCUUAGUAAACUGGGUUAAAAACAACUCAACCUUUCUUUUUAAUAGACAAGAGUAAUUCUGUGUUCUGAAAUGUAAUUGUAUGGGUUGUUUAAAAAGUGAAAAUUUCUAGUUCUGUCUGAUUCUGGUGGGAUAGAUUCUUUCUCAAGUUUGCAACAAGAUGUAUCAAAUCACUACAGUUAUAUCAUAAGUACUCCUUGGCUGGCAGUGCCACAACACUAAUACUACGUGCUCUCAGAAUCAUCAACUUAAGACAAAAAUAAUUAGUGCAUGGAUUGAUGCAGGCUGAAAUAAAACAGUUACUAAAACUUCCAUAUGAAAAAGCUUUUCAUCUAAAUUCACUACAAAUCCAUGUCCCUUUGCACAAGAAAUAUGCUCCAUCAUCUGCAAUUAUCUCAGGUUCUAGUUUGAUCAAUAAAAUAUACUAAAAGUAUGCAACAAGCAUCACUUGACAUUAUAAACAGUUCUGACAUUAUAAUUCUGACAUUUGAAUCUUGUAUAUCUUUUUCAAAAAAAAAAUGAUCUAUGAGAUUUCUGGUGGGGGUGAACUUUAAGUUCUUGUAUUUAUUCAUUGUUGACAUGUUAAUAUCUCACUGUCAUUAUCAGUUUUCUCACACCUAGGCUUCAAAAAAUCACUUUUCUUAAUAUCCUUCUGUUACAUUUAGAUUCUGUGAGGGUGGUGUUCUUCAAAACAGGCUUUAAAAUAUUUUAAAUACCGUUGUCCAGCUUAAGCAAUUUGGGUGUGUGGUUAACAGCUCUGUUUUGGAUUCUUCCUUUUAAACUAAUGACUACUGAUUUACUUAAACUAAUUACUACUGUCUAUGUA